AUGACAGAUCCAGACAGCUCAUAUCGCCCUCGGUCACCGGACUUUUCUUCCUUCCAACCCUUCGCCAGCCCGCUCAACAACACCUACCAGCCGCAGCCACCCUACCUCGCCAGCCCCCUAGACCAGCGCGCCUCCUACGACGCUUCUCCCUUUUUCAACUCGGGCUAUCAACCGCCCGUGCAGGCUAGUCGCGUUCCCCAACAGUACGUGCAACAGACCCUGCCGCACGACUACAGCUUCGACAUGGCCCGUCGCAGCGCGCGUUUAUCCGCCUCUGCUCCCCAACCACCCGGCGUGGCUCCCCAGGCCAUCAUGUUUGACCAGCACGUCCCGGCGCCACCUGCCGCGCCGGCCGAGGAGCCCAGACAAGCCAAGCCGUGGGAUGGGAUAGAGGUCAAAACCAAAUUUCCCGUCGCUCGCAUCAAGCGCAUUAUGCAGGCCGACGAAGAAGUCGGCAAGGUGGCUCAAGUUACUCCCAUUGCAGUCUCCAAGGCAUUGGAACUCUUCAUGAUAUCCCUCGUCACGAAAGCUGCCCAAGAGGCGAGGGAUCGCAACUCGAAACGUGUGACUGCUGCUCACUUAAAACAGGCAGUCUCCAAGGACGAGGUUCUCGACUUUUUGGCUGAUAUCUGCUCAAAGGUCCCAGAUCACUCGUCAAAAAAGAACGACGAGGAUGGAAGUGACCACAACGAGGGCAAGCGAAAGUCAGGCGGCCGACGGAAGAAGGAUCUGGACAGUGACGACUUUUGA